CCCAGCUUCAGGCUUCCCAGUUUCGAGAGCUGCCCCCCAUCCCCCACGCUGAAGCUAUAUACCAAAAACCACAUCGAGCAACUUCACUGCCAAAUAGAGCCCCAAUCCGGUAUUCCUCAUACAAACGCAUGAUGCACGCUUAAACACGUCUGCCUAGGAGGCUCGGUCCAUGUGGCCUGCUUCCGUGCCGUUGGAGAACGUCUCAUGCUCGGUUCUCUAUAAAAAGCAGCGUUCUGCUCACCCAUAUGAGAGCCAGUUCGACAGCCAGCAGCUCGGAAAACAUCAGUUGCCUACCUUCUACCAUCAUCUUCAGCUUUACACCGAGUUCUUCUUCAAUCAUGGCGUCCGAGCAUGAUAUCAUCCACCGGCAAUUAAUCCCCAUCAAGGACCUUCCUACCCGCUCCGUGACCAUCUAUCCCUCCCGUGCAGCCGUGGUCCGGGACAUCGAGAACAUCGAGAUCAAGACCGGCUGCAAUGAAAUCACCAUCUCGGGUCUGUCGAUGCACCUCGACCAGCACAGUCUGAAGGUGGAGGGCCACGGCCUCGGGGCCGCUCUCAUAGCAGACACGAUAGUGAGCCUCGUCAGGGCGGAAGAGAUCGGCUUCGACUGUGAAUCCGAAGACGAGGAGGACGCGGUGAUGCAAGUUAGUCUCUGGAGCGACGAGCUCAAGGAGGCAGUCGAGCAGGCUAGAGUCCUGGAGAAACGGCACGAAGGUGUCGUGCGGAAGAAGAUUGCGGCAGAGAACCUGUUCAAAAAUCUCGAGAUCAACACGAGUUCGAUUCUCAUGGAGCAUAAUGGAACCACUCAGUUCUCCGAAAUAGUCAAUAUGAUCAUGAACGAGUCCGAGAAACUUUCGGCGCUGAUCGAAGGGUUCGAGGAAGAGAUAUGCCAGAUGAAGCCGGUCCUUAAGGAGGCAAGGAACCGCCGCGAUAAACUCGAAAAGAAAUUCCUCCGGGGUGCCGAAGGAAAGGAGUGGACACGCAAGCGGGAAGAGCUAUACAAAGCGAGAGAGAAUCCCAGUUUCGGUUAUAAUGUCCAAAUAACCAUCGAGAAGGACAGCUUUCUAGAGAGUACACCCUCGAUUGCCGCCGAGGCCUCGACUAGCAAGCGGUCUCGUCCGGACGACGACGAGGCACCAGAAGGAGCCACAUCCUACCUGCGGAUCUCGUACAUCAUCGGUUCUGGGGUCUCGUGGGAUCCGCGCUAUGAUCUGCGCCUGGACACCACGUCUGCAACUGGACAUCUUGUGUGCAGGGCUGGAUUCUACGCAACAACAGGCGAAACAUGGCGCGACGCCAAAGUUACGCUUUCAAACAGUCAAUCCACGUUUGGCGGACUCGGCGAUAAAGCGCCGCUGCUGUCCACGUGGGCUGUCGGCCUCCAACGGAAGGAAGAUCGCUAUAAAACAGGUGGAGCCAAUUCUUCUCCGGAAGAGAAGCGGCCAGCUCCGAGCCUUCCCCCGGCAAACCCUCGCAAUCGCGCUCCGAACGUUGUCAUACCUCCUGGCCCUCGAGCUUCGCAAGAUUACCAGAUGCAACUCAUGCUGUUGGAGCAAUCGAACAAGAAACGAAUGAUGCUGGCACGACAAGAAAUGGACUACAGCGCGCAAAAGUCCCAAGCUGCAUAUCCGAAUACCGCGCAACUGCCCAGCUUUGGGGGUCCUCCACCUGUGCAUGCUGUUGGGUCCGACAUGUUUGGUGCCUCAGAUGAAUUGUUGGAUAACUUCGAUUUCGACUCCUUCCUCAACAGUGAAGAGACCCCCUUCUUCGGUGGGGAGAAGCAGCCUGAGCAACAGCCGGGGCAACAGCAGCAGCAACAGCAAAUGCGCGAAGCCUCCAGCACAGCGAUCACCUACGGCGUAAUGGCGAUAUACGAGCUGCCGGGCACACGCACGAUCGUGUCCUCGCCGCAACUCCGGCGGCACGUGAUCGCGGAGAUGAAGCUCGGCUCCGUCGAGUUCAACUUCCACGCGGUACCCAAGAUCCGGUCAGCGGUGUACAUGAGUGCGCGAAUCCCGAACAUCUCGUCAUUUGCGUUGCUGAAGGGCCCCGCCGGGCUCACGCUCGACGGAUCGUUCAUGGGGAGCACCAACAUCCCGCGCUGCUUCCCGGGCACCUCCUUCGAGGUCGGCCUGGGCGUCGACCAGAGCAUCCAGGUCAUGUACGCGAAGCCCGUCAAGAAGGCCGCCAGCCAGGGCAUGCUGGUCAAGGAGCAGAUCGUUACGUAUUCAAGACAGAUACGCGUGCAUAGUUUGAGGCCCGGGAUUUCGAGGCUGCGCGUGCUCGACCAGGUCCCCGUUUCCGAGGACGAAAGGCUGCGCCUGGUGAUUCUCAAACCGAAGGGGCUCAGGGUCGUGGGUGAUGAGGUCAAGGUUGUCGUGCCGAAGGGUGUGGUGGCCAUUCUGGCGAGACUGAAGAUGGGCGGCGAGGUCGAGUGGGAUCUCGAGUUGCCCGAGGGAAGUCAUGUCACGUUGGAUCUGGAGUACGAGGCGAAGUUCCCGAUGGGCGAUGAGAUCGUGGGUACUCAAGCCGAAGGCUGGGCUUGAAGGUGCAGCGCCGGUUUGUGGGAUUACGACAUCAACGAAUCGAAUUGAACUAAACCGAACA